CGCCGAGGGAGCAGGACCUAGCCAUGGACCCUGCCAGGAAAGCAGGCGCCCAGGCAGUGAUCUGGACCACGGGCUGGCUGCUGCUGCUGUCGCUGCUGCUUGGAGGAGGAGCGCGGGCCCUGGAGUGCUACAGCUGCGUGCAGAAAGCAGAUGACGGAUGCUCUCCGCAGAAGACCAAGACCGUGAAGUGCGCGCCGGGCGUGGACGUCUGCACAGAGGCCGUGGGGGCGGUGGAGACCAUCCACGGGCAGUUCUCAGUGGCAGUGCGGGGCUGCGGGUCCGGACUCCCGGGCAAGAAUGACCGCGGACUGGAUCUUCACGGGCUUCUGGCCUUUAUGCAGCUGCAGCAAUGCGCCCAGGACCGCUGCAACGCCAAACUCAACCUCACGUCGCGAGCGCUCAACCCCGCAGGCAAUGAGAGUGCGUACCCGUCCAACGGUGCCGAGUGUUACAGCUGCGUGGGGCUGAGCCACGAGGCGUGCCGGGGCACGGCUCCACCUGUCGUGAGCUGCUACAACGCCAGUGAGCGCGUCUACAAGGGCUGUUUCGACGGUAACGUCACCUUGACGGCAGCUAAUGUGACUGUAUCCUUGCCUGUGCGGGGUUGUGUCCAGGACGAGUUCUGCACGCGGGAUGCAGUGACAGGCCCAGGGUUCACACUCAGUGGCUCCUGCUGCCAGGGGUCCCGCUGUAACUCGGACCUCCACAACAAGACCUUUUUCUCCCCUCGGAUCCCACCCCUUGUCCUGCUGCCCCCUCCUAAGCCCACCACUCAGGCCCCAACCACCUCUGUCACAACCUCUACUCCAGCCCCAACCACUCUUGUCUCUGCCACUAAACCCACCACGGCCAGCCAGACUUCCCCACGGGAAGUACAUCCUGAGACCUCUCAGAAAGAGGAAUCUAGCUUGGCUGGAGGUGCCGCUGGCCACCAGGACCGCAGGAAUAUGGGACAGCACCCUACAGGAGGGGGGGCCCAUAAUAAAGGCUCUUCAACUUCCUCGGCUGGGUUGGCAGCUCUAGUGUUGGCCUUGGCUGCUGGCACCCUACCAUGAAUUUUGCCAUCUAGAAACUUCCGUCUUGCCUUAUUCCCCAGCCCUGGGUACCCUCUCUUCCCAUGACUUCCCUUUCUCCUCACUGGACUGGGCUGGCCCAGCCCCUCUUCUUCCAAUCCCCCCCCCCCCCCCCCCACUAUCCCCAACUUCUGCUGCACUGGUUUGCGGCUUUGGGAAAUAAAUUUACCGUUGUAUAUAUAUCCUGCCAGGGUGUUGUAGCUUCUGGAAGGCAACAGGUGUAUCUCCCUCUUCUUUGUCUCUCCCUGGUCUCCUCAUGGUGUCUCUGGGCAGAGAAAAGUCAGGGCUGUCACAGGGAAGAUGGGAGAAACACUGAUAAGCUUUCUAUUCACCUUCUUAUAGCCAGUCCGGAAUUUGGGGGGGGGUGCGGAGCAGGAUAAUGGUUCCCUCCUCUGCUGGCUGGUGUCCCUGCUCCCUGUCCCCUCUCUGUGGGAAUCGGUUCAGCAUCUGACUUCCUUAUUAGACUGUGAGCUCCUCAAGGGCAGGGACCGCGCCUCAGGCCUCCGUGUGGUCAGUUUCUGGCACAUGAAGGUCUCAAUAAAAGUUUAAUUCCUUUGUA